AUGAAAUAUGAUCUUGUCUUUCAUCUUGUUCAUACGGCAUGUAAACGGUCAACAGGAAAUACACUUGUGGAACUUCAUCAAUUUUUUGAAGAUGAUCCAAAUGAUUAUCAAUUGGAGAUGGAAGCUGAAAUUCGGCUUAAAGCUCUUUAUUCAUGUCUUGUUAAUGCAACAUCAAGAACAAUGUUACAAAUUGGUUUAAGUGGUUUAUUAACAUAUCUUAAAGCAUCUCAAAGAAGUCCUAUUAUUGAUGAAUUACUUUUAUCAAAAGAUUAUAUAUCAGAAAUUAUUACUAUUGCUGCUGAUCAUUUUACAACAGCACCAUUACUCUCAGCAACAUGUCUUUAUGAAUGUAUGUUGCAUUAUCCAAAAAAAUUUUCACCAUUUCUCAUUAAUAAAUUUCGUCCAUUAUUACCUCGUAUUAUCUAUAAAAAAAUGUCUGGUCCAAGCGAAAUUUGUUGCAAAUGUAUUGCUCAUUUAUCUGUACUUGGAAUACCAUCAACUGCAAAACAAGCUAAAUCAUGGAAAAAUGAAUAUGAUCGAUAUCUUAAAAUAGCUUCUCUUCUUAUUGAUCAACUUUAUUCAGGAAUAAAUGAUUCUCUUUGUUCGGAUGUAACUGAUUUUGAAACAACAUUAACAGCUGAAAUUGGUGAUGUGAUUUCAUCAACUGAUUAUGCAGCUAUUUUUUCUAAUUGUUGUCAUAUAUUAAAAUAUCUUUUCUAUGUGCAAUUGGAUUCUUCAGUAGCAGUCACAUGUGAACGAACAUUUAAACUAAUAUCAAAAGUCGUAUCAAUUAAUAGCCAACAAUUUAACACACUUCAUCGUAAACAACAUUUACCAACAUUACUUGGUUCUUGCGUUCAAUUAUGUGAUACACUUGUUACUUUUAAUGCAUCAUCAUUUGCGUUUAAUAUUCGAUCAAUAUUUACAUUAUUUAUUUCAUUACUUGAUAUUGUACGUCCACAAGCUGAAUAUUUAACAUUAUCAAUAAAUAUUUAUCAAUUAUUAACAAAUUUAUUAGCAUUAUUUCAACGACAAGUACGAAUUGAUGUUGAUAUAUUGCAAAAAUUAAUUCGUUGGAUUAUAAAUGAUUCAACAUUACGUACACGAUCGAAAAUACCAAUUGCAUAUUUAUCAAGACCAGAUCAUAAUUUAUCUCGAAUUGUAAUUAAUUGUUCUCAACAAUUGCUCAAUAUGUAUUCGGAUCAUAUGCCGAAAGAUCAAUAUAAUCUUAUUCAAAAUCAUUUUAUACAAACACUUAUGAUUUGUCAAUCAACAAAUAAUAGUAUUAAUAAACCAUAUGAUGAUGAAAUAUGUCGUGUUGGUUUAUAUAAUAUUCUUGAAUGUUUAUUAAUUAAUGAAAGAGCUGAUUGUUCAACAAUUAUUGCUAUUAGUAAAGAUUUAAUUGAUAAUGCUAACUUAUUAGAUCCAUCUGUAAAAGUUAAAAUGGUUAUACGUAAAUUAAAACUUGUAUGGCAACAAGUACAUGAUUCAACAAGUCGUUUAUAUCAACCAUGGUCAUUUUUAAAUGUUGAUAAACCACGAAAAAUUCCACCUAAUAAUAUUAAUUAUUCAACAACAAAUGAACUUCGUAAUGUAUUUGUACCUUCAACAAUGCCAAUAAUGAAUAAUAUUGAAACAUCAUCAAUAUCAAUGAUGAAUAUAGAACAACCACUUUUAAUGAAUCCUCAAUCUCUUUCAAAACCAUCAGUUCAUCAAACUCCUAUGGAAACAACAACAACAACAAAUGUAUUUUUACAACCAGCAACAUCAAUGUCAUAUCCUACUAUUGAUGUAUUACCUCAAACACAACCAAUGAAUCUCGAAACAUUUAUUCCACCUGUUAAAGAACAUCAUAAAGAAGAAUAUAAUCAAAUAUCUGAACAAAAACAAAAACGACCAAAAUUAGUUGAUACACGACCUGUUGAAAUUGAUGAUGAUGAAGAAGAAGAUGGAGCUGAACAUAUAUUUGCUGAUGAAAGUGAUGAAGAAGAAGAACAUGAGAAUGAACAUAUGGAUGAAUAUGAUGAAGAAGAAGAAAUUAGUGAAGAAAUGGAUGAAAGUGAUGAAGUUGAUGAUAAUGAAAGUAAUGAUGAUGACGGUAGAUCAGACAUUAGUUCUGAUGAUGAUGAUGAUGAUGAAAAUUUACUACAUACAAAUGGUAUUAAAAAAUCCAAUCAAAAUUUAGGUGUUCAUCAAUCAAACGUUGAUCUAAUUGGUAUAGAUGGUUCACCAUCAGAUUCAUAUCUUCAAACAAUGAAUGAUAAUCUUCAUAAAAAAUUUCGUCGUCAUAAUCAUUUUGAUCAUCGUUAUUCAUCUUUACAUCCAAUAUCAGGAGAUUUUUCACAUAAUAAUAAUAAUCAAAUCUAUCAUCUUAAUCAAUUAAAUGGUGAUUAUAAAAGUAAUAUUAAUAAACCAACAGUUGGUAAUGGUCAAGUAUUAACAAAAAAUGAUAAUAACAAUAAUAAUAAUAAUGAUGAUGAUGAUGAUGAUAUUGUAUUAGUUAGUGAUGAUGAUAGUGAAGAUAAAAAACCAGAAACAAAAACAAAUAACUUAUCACUUUCAGAACCAAUUACAUACGUAUCUGAUAUACCAGCAACAUAUGUUGAAACAGUUACAACAAAAUCAAUAAUAACAACAACAACAUUGAUAGCAAAUGAUGCUGUAUCGGCUAAAGAUUUAUUAGAAGAUAUCGAUAGGUCUUCAUGCGGUAAUGUCAUCCGCAUAGAGACAUCAUCUGUCGACAAUUCUACCACGUCAUUAACUCUAGCUAUUCAGGAAACAAUGGAAUCACUUCGUGAUGCGGUUAAUCUUGUUAGUGAUGAUUAUGCAAUAUUCAAUAAUGAUGAACAGAAUUAG